UUAAUUAUUAUUUGAAUUUGAAUUGCAUUGCUAAGUUACGAAUGAACAAUUGUAGAAAUUUAGUUGUACCGAGUGAAAUCUAUCGUUUCAAUAAUUGAAAAUGGCAACAAAUGACUGUUGCAACCCAUCUCAAAGUAAUCGAGAAUAAUGAAGAGUCCUAAAACGAAGAAACAACAAAGAUUGGAAAAGAAAAAGAAGAAAAUGGCUGCUCUUUUGGAGAUUGUUAAAUUGAACGACGAAGAUAGAAUGUUUAAAAUGAAACAAACUAAAAUGGAACAAACCGAUUCAAUGAAUGACUUGAAUAAAAGUUCUGAAAUAUUAAAUAAUGAAAAGUUAAAUCGUAAACGAUCUUGUUCAACUAAGGUAGAUGAAACCAAUAAUAGUACGAGUGAUGAAAUAAAAGAUGAAGAGAAUACUACAAUAAAAGAAGACAAAGAAUGUGAUCGAAAGAAGCCUAGAUUAUCCGAAGAAGAAUAUUUGAAGUUAAAGCAAGAAUUAAAAGAACGUAAAAAAUUACUUAAAGCAAGACCUCGAUUACAAUUAAAGCCAAUUGGUGGAAAUGCAUGUCUCGUUUCUUAUUCUUCAGAUGUAGAAAGAGUUCCAUUAUUAUUCAGUGAUAUACAAAAUUUGUUAUUGUAUUCAAUCCUUGGUCACCAUUCACCAUGCACAACUAUGCGAUGGUGUCAACUAGAAAAAUACAACAAGAUCACUCACACCAUAGUUUUUGUAGUGGAAGGUCUUACGGAAUAUCAUUUCAUGUCUUAUGAAAGUGUAUUUUCAAGCAUAACAAGUAAUUUGGAAUUUCGUUUGGAAGUGUUUACACCAUCAUCUUAUGGCAGUACCAUAAUAGAAGAACUUAUAGCAGUACCCUUAUCUAGAACACAAAGUGACAAACUAAUUAAACAAUUUGGCUCUUUAGAUACUGCAUUUCAAAAUGGCACAGAUAUGAUACGAUUAAUGAAAGCUGUCUUUCCUGUUAAUAUACCCAUGUUCAAAAAUAAUAACGAUCUACCUUCUACCGAUAAGUUCUCUAGGGUUAAAUUAUUAUUGUCCAUACGACAAAUGGUGGAAGAAAAUUAUCCCGUGCCAAUAAAAGGAGAUCUAGCGAGAAAAUACCGUGAUUAUAUAUUCACAAAAGAUAGUUACUUGGAAGUUACCGCUAAAUCACCUAUGUUAGGUUUGGAUUGUGAAAUGUGUAAAACCGAUACUGGAAAUUUGGAACUCACUAGAAUAUCACUCGUCGAUGAAAGUUAUAAUGUUAUUUAUGAUACUUUAGUUAAGCCUAAAAAUCAGAUCAUCGAUUACUUGACUCAAUACAGUGGUAUUACAAAGGAAUUGCUAAGUGAUGUUACUACAACUUUGGCAGACGUACAAAAAGAAUUAAAAAAAAUCAUUCCCCCUGAUUGCAUUCUUGUAGGACAGAGUUUAAAUUCUGAUUUGCACACGUUAAAAAUGAUGCAUCCGUAUAUCAUUGAUACAUCUGUUAUCUUUAAUAUAACUGGCGAAAGACACCGAAAAUCUAAAUUACAACUUUUAGCGAAGAAUUUUUUAGGUGUAAAUAUACAACAAGGUACAAAAGGUCAUUGUUCGACGGAAGAUUCGCAAGCUUCAAUGAAAUUAGUACAAUUAAAAUUAGCUAAUAGUAUAGAUUUUGGGGAUGCCGUAAUACAAGCAGAUUUGCAAGUCUGUGAAACUAUAAAAUUCGGUAAUAAUAAUACAUAUGAAAAACAAAAGAAGAAACCUGAAAUAAAUAAAUAUGCAAUGUCUAUCUUUAACUACAUAGCUAAAGAACAAAGAACUGCAACUAUUGUCGGUACUGAAGAGAUCAUAAACGAAUAUUCGAAAUAUUUAAGUACAUCAUCCUUGAAAGUUAAAAACGAUGAAAAUUAUAAAGAGAGUGAUCAGAUACGCCUGGUAACAAGUGAUAAUAACAAGCAUGCGGUUGAACGAGCCACCGAAAUAGCAAUCCAACAUCAAUUUGUUUUAUGUCAUGUUAAAAUAAGUGAAGAAAAAUUACAAAAUGAACGUCUCAAACGAACCUUUUCUACUGUUAACAAAUGGAUUAAUAAACUUUGGGAUCAUACAGCAACAAAUGGUUUAGCAUGUGUUGUAUUUAGUGGUCAAGAAAAUGGUGCGAACGGGGCUUGUUUUUUAAAUGUGAAAAAACAAAUGUUGUAGAAAGUAAUUGUCUACUUGUAAAAAGAAAAAAAAAAGAA